AUGGCCUUCAACGCUUCAGAGAAGAUUUUAGCGACAUCAUCAUCAUCAUCAUCAGCCAACACAACUGAACUAAUCUCCUAUGGAAACCGCAUGUUAAAAGCCAGCGAGAAACUCAUAUCUACAUUGGUGAAGCCGACAGACACAAAUGACAGUGUCAGUUUUACUCUUGCUGCUGUAGAGGGACACGUCUUCAUGGUUGGACCAAAUGUCACCUUAAAUAAAAUCCCUCAACUUGACACGACAAAUUCUUCUGUGGACAUCGAUCUCAUUGGGAUCGCCAAGAACAACAUUGAAAGAUCAGCUUCUGUGGCAUUCAUGAGCUACAACACAAUGGAGAAUCUACUGAAGCCAAACUUAUUCAACACACCAAAUGACACAGAUAAAACCAUGAUGUCCACUGUGAUCUCAGCUACUCUUCCCAAAACCACCAACACUGAACUCACCAAACCAGUCAACUUCACCCUCAAACACAUCAGAGAGCUCGACCCCAACGGUUCUCUGUCCUGUGUGUACUGGAAUGUCAGUGAGUGGGUUGUAGAUGGAUGUUCUGUUUUAAAGACCAACAGCAGCUUCACCGUGUGUUCCUGCGUUCAUCUGUCAACAUUCGCUCUCAUCAUGCAAACCCCAUCAAACCAGCUCUCAUCAAUCACACUCCCACCAGAGAGCGACUCACUGUUGGACUGGUUGAAUCUGGUGUGUGUGAUCGUGGGGCUGGUGUUCUUCAGUUUGGCCCUGUUGUCCUUUGCUCUUUGUCAGUGGAGUCCUGGAGUGAAUAAUGUGGCUCGAGUCAACCUCUGCAUGAGUUUGCUGUUGGCUCACCUUCUCUUCCUGCUCACACAACAGUUUCUGAGCCUCAUACGCCCUCAGCAGGUGUUGUGUGCCGUGAUAUCAGGUGUUGUGCACUUCCUCUUUCUCUCCGGCUUUGUGUGGAUGUUCAUUGAAGCAGUGCUGCUCUACAUCUGUGUGACGAACCUAUCACGGAUCAGCUCUGAAAAGAGGGAGGUGCUUAGCAGUGGAUUCCUGUGUGUGAUUGGAUAUGCGGUUGCUCUGGUUGUGGUGGGCGUGUCUGUUGGGCUGGUUCCUGAUGGCUACGGCAGCGAACACUGCUGGAUUAAAAGGGAUAAAAGUUUUAUCUGGAGUUUUCUGGGUCCUGUUACUGUCAUACUUGCAUUGAACAUGAUUCUCUUCAUCAGCAUCAUCAUCAGUCUGAGCUCAACUCUCUAUAAUCUAAAUGCGGAAGUUUCCCAGAUGAAACAAACCAAGACUAUGGCAUUUAAAACACUGGCUCAGUUUGUGGUUCUUGGUUGCUCCUGGAUUCUGGGUUUCUUCACGAAUGGCAGUAUGGAGCUGGAGAUCAUCUUCCUGAUCUUGAACUCCCAGCAAGGAACCUUCAUCUUCCUGAUCUAUUGUGUCCUCAAUAAUGAGGUCAGGCAGCAGUACAGAAACUGCUUCAGAUGUCUUUGCUGUGGACUCCAACAACACUGAAGACUACAUCAUCGUGUUUAGGAUAGUGGGGUUUUUUUUUUUUUUUUACAUAUUCCACAAAAUAAACAAUCUUAAAGAUUUGCAGCUAAAUUCAAAUAUAUAAUAAAUAAAUAUAUGGCAAAUUAUAUUUUCAUGUGGGAUGGCAGUGAUUCAACCAUUGCUUCGCUAUUUGAAUUGCUUUUUAUUAUCAUUCAAUUAUGGUGUAUUAUCAAGGUUUGAGGCUGACAGAUGGAUGAGUGGGUCAGCCAUGAGCUAAAGAAGAACCUAACGAUCAGUUUCCAGCUUGAAGUCCUUGGGUUAAAACAGAAACCUGAUAGAGCAGGAAGUUACCGAUAUGGUGUUGUGUAGUAGACUGAUCCUGAAUAUCUACAGACAAGGAACUGGAUAUGUAUAAAAGUAAAUUAAAAUAUGUAUAAAUUUUAAUUCAAGGAGGUUUCCUAAGAAUGAUGAUAGACCGAUAGUAGCAGUCUGUUGUGUCAGCUGAGGAUCACUAUAUAUAAGCUCAAUCUCUUUAAAUCAAACACACUGUAGCAUGUGCUGAGGUGUGAUUUGUGUGUUGUUUAGUGGAGUAAUUAAGGCUCUGACCAGGUCAGGACUCUUACUGUAAGUUCAUUUAUAUAUUUAAAGAAGUAUAAAUCUUUACAAUUACUCCAGAGCUCUCGUAGAUCUACACUAAUUUUCAAGUCUGAUGUCCUUGGGAAACAGUUUGUGAUUCUAAUAUUUUAAUGAAAAGAUAUAAUUACAUUGCAAUCUAAUGACUUGUUUGCUUAUAUUUUAAGGAUUUGUUGUUGUUUUUUUCCACUCAGAUUACAGAUAUAAGCUAUCCAAAAAUAGAAUUUACAACUUAUUAAAUUAUAUUUAUGAAAUACAAAGUCUAU